CACAAAUGAACCCUUAAUCUUAUUUCUACGCGAAUGACAUCUGAUCUAAAUAUCUUGAAAAUCGGAUCUUGCUUCAGCUUUAUGCAAGUCUGCUUGCAAUCAGUCUCGUGGUCUUUCUGUUAUUCGUGCCAGCACCAAUGCUGAGGCACAUUCAACCGCCUUGCUCAUUCCGUCUUAAGCCACGUUUCCCAACCUCGAAGUUUUGCGGACGCGCGGCCCUUCUUGCGCCGUUGAAGGCACCCAAACUAUCAUUUACUACAAUGUCCUCAAAAAAAUCGACAAAGAGGAGGUCUGAUCACGAUGAAUCGAUUCACCCCUCAGAGGCACAGCAAUCUGCACAGCGCAAACUGGAACUCGGUCUUCAUAAAUUACGUUGCCUAGCCUCAUCUCUUCUUGAUGGCAAUCCCAUUUGCGUACACGUGGAUAAGCUAAACAGUGAAUACAGUAGAGGCUUCCUGCUUACUAUGGAUAAUGGGUGUAAACUCAUUGCAAAGUUACCAUGCACACACACAGAACAAGCCUUCCUCGCGUCUGAGGUAGCGACUCUCAAAUACCUGCGCCAAUAUACAUCCCUUCCAGUUCCAAAUGUCCUCGCCUGGAACCCAGAUAAGACAAAUGAGAUUGGUUCGGAAUAUUUGAUCAUAGAGAAGACUCCUGGGGUUGCUCUAAAAGACUUGUGGGAAAAUCUAAGUACCCUGGAUCGCUACAGCAUUAUUGAGAAGAUUGUCGCUAUGGAGACUGAGCUUGCAAAUCUGGAUUUCCCAGCAUACGGUGCUCUCUACUUGCGGGAUUCGGCAUCUGCUCAACCGAAGUAUUAUCCGCUGGCCUCUGAACGCGACUGUGGUGAAUCUUUCUGCGUUGGACCAAUAUAUAAGUUGUCACAAACAGAUGACAACACGGAAUCGUCUGGAGAGUUAAAGUCUUUCGGGCCUUGGUUAACUUUCGAGAAUUUCGCCUCGUACUUCGGUCAACAACAGGUGAUUACCCAAACAAUUCGCCAGAGUGUCGAAAAUAAGUUCCAAGCGAUGACUCAAGUUCAUUUCGACCCUAUCGAUGAAAUUAGAGCUCUGCUAGAAAAGGCCUCGGUUUUGACACCUAUUUUGACCUCGGACAAUCGAGUUCAGAGAGUCUCCAAACCAUCUUUAUGGCAUAGCGGUCUACCUCUUGACGAUAUCCUGGUUUCUGCGACACAGCCUUCAAAUAUUCUUGGAAUUAUCGGUUGGCAGUCAUCUAAAAUCCUUCCAUUAUUUCUGCAAGCACAGUUCCCCAAAUUUCUUGGAACUCCCAGAUCUUAUAAACUUGGCGAUUCUAUGCCUAGUCUCUCUGGUUUUGCUGCACUCAGUCCCGAACAGAAGCAAAGCGUACUUCGGAACCAAGACACAGCCGCCCGUACCAGAUAUUACGAAAUGUGCAUAUUUGACUACAAUAACCCAGUUUAUGAGGCAUUGAAUCUUGAUCCAAAACUGACUGAACUGUAUCGGUACCACGAUUUAUCCACAGAGGGUGAUAUACUAGGCCUUUACAGCUACUUAAUCUCUGUCUCGGCAGACUGGGAUAGUUUGGGAUUAUCUGGUGAUUGCCCAUUUCAAUUCACCUCGGAGGAGUUAGUGCAGUUUCAGAAGCAGCACGCUCAAUAUCGCGAUGCUUUGAACACAAGGGGCUCAUGAACUAUGACCAUUUAUUGGUGCUAAUGAGAGUCAAAAAGUGGCGGACAAAGAUGCCAGGGAUAUCUGGAAAGAGUUUGUCAGGUAUACCACUUCAGCAGUAUGGCAUUUGUUAUUUAGUAAUGAUGGAAAUAUAAAUUCGGCAAUGAUUGGGCACCUGCAGAAGCACAAUUCUAAGC